ACCAAGCCCCAGCCGGUCCCCCAAUUCGACCGAUCUCCUCCCAAACUCGAAGACGACCGACAGAGGUUUUGUUUGGUGUCCCGCCAAACUGCCAUCAGGGGCGAGUUCUGGAAGCCAGAUGCUCUAGCUGCCCUGCCGACGGCAUGAUGGGGGUAAGCCGGCUAGAGACCGGGCGACAACGUUGCCCUUCGAGAGCUGCCACAACGCUCUCUCUUUCUCUCUCUCUUUGGCAAAAACGGUGGCUAGUUUUGACUUCUGAGGAUUAAGAGGCUUACGCCUUUUGUUCACGUCUAUCUAUGGUUGGUGCCUACCUAUGCAGGCAAUUGGAGAACUUGCCAUAUCCAGUGUUCUAUGGUCUCAAGUGGGUUACCUUGCUUGAGGAAGAAUGUCAAUGGAAGUUUGUAUCUUUUUCCCAUCAAAGAGACAAAAGCUGCAACAAAAAGAAUCAUCUACUACAGGGAAGACAUUAUUCAAAAUUGUGUCAGUCUCCUCAACCAAUCUAUCUCCAGUAAUUGUCUAGCUUUUGCACAAUCAGUUCACUCAAGGUUGAUUAGGUUGGGUCUCAGUACUGCAACCUUUUUUGGCAAUCAGAUUUCGUCUUUGUACUACAGUCUUGGUGAGUCUGAUGAUGGAUUCAAAGCAAUUAAUGACACACCUAAAUGGAAUAUAUUUUCUUGGAACAUUUUGUUAGGUGGGUUGGUUCGAAAUGGUGAAGUUGAGAGUGCCCAGAAAGUGUUUGGUGAAAUGCCUCAACAGGAUGUUGUCAGCUGGAAUUCGUUACUUUCUGGGUUUUUUAUGCAGGGAGAACAUGGAGCUGCCUUAACAUUGAUUACGGAGAUGUGGGAAAGAAGAAUUAGACCAACAGGGUUCACAUUCUCAAUCAUCAUUUCAGUGGGGGUUUCAAAUAUCUGGCAUGGUAAGCAGGUUCAUGCUAACAUUUUGAGGAACUGUCUCCACGAUAAUCUUAUACUUAACAAUGCCCUUAUUUGUAUGUAUGGUAGGUUUAGUAAUGUCAGCUAUGCAUUUCAUUUGUUUUAUGGUAUGGAAAAAUGGGAUGUAGUGUCCUGGAAUGCCAUUAUGUAUGCCUGUGUUAGAUCAGGAAAACCUGAGCAAGCGUUGACCCUUUAUCAGAGGAUGAGAGCCAUUGGGUUCAUUCAUGACCAAUUUACUAUUUCUACCAUGGUUGUUGCAUGUGCAAAUUUACUAGAUACAAUAGCGGGAAAUGAGAUUUUUGGGGUCUGCAUAAAGACAGGUUUUCUCUCCAAUUCUGUUGUAUGUAGCUCGAUUAUUGACAUGUUUGCCAAAUUCAAUAGAUUGGAGGAUUCUAUUCAAUUAUUUGAGGAAAUGCCUCAAAGAGAUAUAGCUAUUUUUAAUUCCAUCAUUUCAAGUGUUGCAAGGCUUGGCUUUGUAGAGGAUGCAUUGUCAUUUUUUACAUAUGCCAUGAGGGAGAAUAACAAGCCAACAGAAUUUACUUUUGGUAGUGUUUUGGGUUGUGCUGCAUGUAUCGUCUCCAUUGAGCAAGGUAGGCAGUUGCACUCUUUGGCACUGAAAGUUGGCUUUGAAGCAGAUUUUGUAGUCUCCAACUCUUUAAUGGACAUGUAUGCCAAGACAGGAAACAUUGAUUGUGCUAUGAAAGUUUUUGCUAAUAUGCAUUCUAGGGACUUGGUCUCAUGGAACACCAUGAUUAUGGGAUGUUCUCGAAAUGGUGAAGCAAGCAUGGCUUUGCAGCUACUGAAGGAAAUGUGUUCAAAAAACGUACUACCUGACAAAAUCACCUUCUUUGCUGUUCUUUUGGCUUGUAGUAAUGGUGGUCUAGUUAAUGAAGGAAGCCAACUGUUUUCAUGCAUGGAGGUGGAGCAUGGUGUUAUGCCAGAUAUUGAACAUUACACUUGCAUGGUGGACAUGUUAAGUAGAGCAGGAAGGCUAAAGCAGGCCAUGGAAGUUAUCAAAUCUAUGCCAUAUGAGCCAAGUGCUCUAAUAUGGGGGCUACUUCUCCGAGCUUGCAGACUACAUGCUGAUAUAGGAAUCACACAACAGGUUGCAGAAAGUUUGGUUGCAUUGGAGCCGCGGGAAUCUUUGCCCUAUGUUGUAUUGGCUCAAGUAUAUGCAAUGAAAUGCCACUGGGAAAGUGUGGUUCGUUUGAGAAGAAUGAUGAAGGUGAGAUGUUUGAAAGAAGCGGUUGGCUGCAGUUGGAUCAUUAUGAGGAACAAGUUAGCUGUCUUUAGGGAAGAUAACAUGGUGCAUCCAGGGGGGGAGGCUGUAUACAACACCUUGAGGUUGUUAUGGUGGGAUAUACAGGAGAUGGACUAUCUUUCAGUGGAUUAUGCAAUCUUGGGUGAUCUAAGUGUGGAGUAACGUACUGCACUUGCGUAAAGGACGUUCAUGUGGAAAAAUAUGCAUAAUCACAAGGAUUAACUAACCAAGCAUUUUGCUUAAUUGUGAGCAGAGUCCUAGUUGACUUGAAAGCGAAUAAGUAUCUAUAAAAAUAAAAGCCCUGCUAAUUCCAUGUUGAUACAGGGACAUAUUGCCAAACUUUGGCUGCAACUCCAACCCGUUUGCAUUCUGACUACUAUCUUGUGUAAACUCACUCUCAGUUAAGUAAGAUCCAAGUUCUCUCUUAAACUUGGGCACUUGGACCUAAAAAUAGAUGUUAUGAUACAGCAGCCGAGCUUGAAAGCAGAAAGCACAUAUAUGUAAAUCCUUAUAGUUUAUAU